AUGGAGUGGAUAAUUGUUUAUGGCACUUCUUGGGGUCUUCUCAUUGCCGUAUUCUGUGAAACUAUCGUCAUUUCCUUUUUUUAUGGGAUUAAAAAUUUCACGCGAAAUUUGAAGGAGAUGUUGGGUUUCGAGCCGGGAUACUACUGGCGUUUUUGCUGGGUGGUCGCUGCACCAAUCUUUUUGUUGGUUCGUCUUGUGCACAUUUUUGCAACAAAACUGCAAAUACGUCUUAGGAAUUUGGCAAAGAAAGUUCGAUAG